GUGAUCCCACGUCCGCAUCCUUUCUAUCCACGUCAAUCUUCAGUCACGGGACCUACUGCCAGCAAUAACAAAGUUCAUUUUUUUUGUGUUAAAUAGUUCAUAAACAACAAGCACCGUAUACUAGUCUACUUUUCUGCUACCAUGGCAACACCAAGUCUCCUCAGUCUGGACACGUGACUUUGCAUCUCCUGCUCCAUCUGCCCCUCCCAGAGCAUCCCUCCUCCUGCAAAGCUGAAGCAAUCUCCAUCCCUAGCACACCGACACCUUUAGCUGCCUACAGCCUGCACCCCUCACGGAGCAUGGCCCGGAACCGCAAGGAGAGGAACAGCUGGGGUGGAUUUACUGACAGAAAUUAUGACUGGAGCUCAGAGGAGGAGGAAUAUGAGAAGAAGGCUCACCCAGUUCAGGUCCUGGUGGUUAAAGAUGACCAUUCCUUUGAGUUGGAUGAGGCCGCAUUGAACCGCAUUCUGCUGUCAGAAGCAGUCAGGGACAAGGAGGUGGUUGCUGUGUCAGUAGCUGGAGCAUUUAGAAAAGGAAAAUCAUUCCUGAUGGACUUUAUGCUGAGAUAUAUGUACAAAACGGAUACAGUUGAUUGGCUUGGUGAUUAUAAUGAGCCACUGUCUGGUUUCUCCUGGAGAGGAGGUUCUGAACGGGAAACCACAGGGAUUCAAAUAUGGAGUGAAAUCUUUCUGGUGGAAAAUCCUGAUGGUAACAAGGUCGCAGUGUUACUAAUGGAUACCCAAGGAACCUUUGAUAGCCAGUCUACACUCAGAGAUUCUGCUACAGUAUUUGCCCUCAGUACUAUGAUUAGCUCCAUACAGGUGUACAACUUGUCUCAGAAUGUUCAGGAAGAUGAUUUACAACACCUACAGCUCUUUACAGAGUAUGGAAGGCUGGCAAUGGAGGAGACAUUUCUGAAACCCUUCCAGUCCCUUAUUUUUCUCGUACGUGACUGGAGUUUUCCAUAUGAAUUCCCUUAUGGUUCUGACGGAGGCAACAAGUUUUUGGAAAAGAGGCUAAAGGUCUCUGAAAACCAGCAUGAAGAGCUGCAGAAUGUAAGAAAGCACAUCCACUCCUGUUUCACAAACAUAUCUUGCUUUCUCAUGCCCCAUCCAGGCCUCACUGUAGCAACAAACCCAAACUUUGACGGAAAACUAAAAGAAAUAGAUGAAGAAUUCAUAAAGAAUUUGAAGGUAUUUAUUCCAUGGCUUUUGAGCCCUGAGAACUUGGAUGUUAAAGAAAUCAGUGGAAACAGAAUCACUUGCCGAGGUCUGGUGGAAUAUUUUAAGGCUUAUAUAAAGAUUUAUCAAGGUGAAGAAUUGCCACAUCCCAAAUCCAUGUUGCAGGCCACAGCUGAAGCCAACAAUCUCGCUGCUGUGGCGACAGCAAAGGAUUUGUACAAUAAGAAUAUGGAAGAGGUAUGUGGUGGUGACAGACCAUUCUUGGCACCUACUGAUCUGCAACAGCGACACCAGCAUCUGAAAGAAGAAGCAGUGAAGCUGUUUCGUGGGGUAAAAAAAAUGGGAGGAGAGGAAUUCAGCCGCCGUUACCUGCAGCAACUGGAAAAUGAAAUAGAUGAGCUUUAUGUGCAGUAUAUCAAGCAUAAUGACAGCAAGAAUAUAUUUCAUGCCGCGCGCACCCCUGCAACUCUCUUUGUGGUCAUAUUCAUUACUUACGUGCUGGCUGCUGUUACUGGUUUUAUUGGUUUGGACAUUAUAGCCAGCCUGUGCAACAUGAUCAUGGGACUGACUCUUAUCACACUGUGCACCUGGGCAUAUAUCAGAUAUUCAGGGGAAUACAGAGAGUUGGGAGCAGUAAUAGAUCAGGUGGCUGCAGCUCUGUGGGACCAGGGAAGCACCAAUGAGGCAUUAUACAAACUGUACAGCGCUGCUGCCACUCACAGACACUUGUACCACCAUGCUUUCCCCGUGCCACAGGCAGAUGCUGCCGAAGAGACCGAGAGAAAACACAUAUAGUCAUGGCUUUAAUUAUUCCCUUUCUUUUAUGUGGUAAGGGCCUGUGAUAUGUGGCUCACUGAGGUACCAGUACCUUUGGAAUAAAAAGAUGACACACUGCAUGAACAUUAGUGUACACCCAAUAUCAUUUAAGCACCCUGUUCUGAUGCACCCGUACAAAGGACUGAAGUAUACAAAUAGAGGGUGGCCAGACAGGGAGACAAUAAAAAUUGUUCAGUAAUGCUCUAUUUACAACUUGUGAGGUGUGUGCUUCUAAGGUGCAGCUUUGUUGAUGGUCGGGUACCGCUAAGACAUGGCUGUACAGAGGACUUGGAAGCUACUUACCAUCACAUUUAAAGGGGCAGCAUUAUGAAGAUACAGAUUGAACAAGAUCUUGUAGAUGUGAGUUAUGACUUUUUAUUGCAGAGGUGAGCAAUUCUCAGGGCAAGUUUUAAGACUGGAUUAAGAGGGCAUCCUGAAUCCAGAUGUCCUUGGUAAUAAAAAAAAUAGUGUUACAUAAUCUUGAAUAAUGUUCAGUCAGUUUAAUGAAAAGGUUAAGUAUAUACUUCAAGGAUGUCAAACCUGCAACCCUCCAAAGGCUACUGAACUGCAGUUCCCAUAAUGCCAUUAACAGACUGAUGGGGCGUUUUGGUAGAAUUAGGCAUAAUACUGGCCAUCCUGGAUAAAUAUAUUUUUUCUGAAGAUACAACCUUCAGCCUUACUGCAGCCCCAUAGGGCCCCAGUUCUCUAACACCUGCACUUACAAUUCUUAGUGCACUAUUACCUGUUUAGAGGUGCAAAUUUACAAUUGCUCCUCUGUAACACAACGUGUAAAAAAAAAAAUAAAACCACAAAUUCCAAGUACAUCACCAGGCAUCACAGUGUAAAAAAAGGCAUAGUGCUCAAGCUGUGUUUUGGUUUUUCAGGGAUCACAUACCUCUAUGUUAAAAUCUGUGUUAAAAAGAAACAUCUGCUUCUGGUGUAAUGUAACAGCAUCAAAUCUGUAAAAAAUAAAUGUGAAGUUUGGGUCUAGACAGCCGGAUAAAAAGCCCUGGGAAAUACAAAAAUUUUCCUAGCAUCCACUCCUGAUCUUUGAUUUUAGAAUCCUGAAAGACCAAAAAAAAAAAAAAAAAAGCAAAAUUUCUCAA